AUGUGGAAUUAUUGGAUUUUGAGAAAUCUUUUAAUUCUCUCUAUUUUAUGCUGGGAAUGUGAGAAGCUGUACCUGGCAUUCAGGGAGUCCCGGGUUGUGUGCACGAUUAAGUCAGUUUCAGGAUGUUCAAAAAUGGAAAAGAAGAUCUACAAAGACAUUCAGCGCGUGAACAGAAACGUCACCAAGUUCAGUGCAUGCGGCUGGGUCGAUAUAGAUGCGACUCUACCAUUUGCGUUGGUAGCGACCAUAUUCAAUUACUUCUUAGUCAUCUUGCAGUUCUUUGUUUUAUGAAUCUAGUUCAUCAUCAUCAGCUCAGCCAUAGGACCUCCACUGCUGAACAUAGGCCUCCCCCAAUGCUUUCCAUGUU